GUCCUGGUGGAUAUGGAGGAAGGUGUGGUCAAUGAGAUCCUGCAGGGCCCAUUGAGGGAGGUGUUUGACAGCGCUCAGCUCCUCACAGACGUGUCGGGUUCAGGCAACAACUGGGCAGUUGGAUACUUGACGUACGGCGCGGCCUACAGGCAGUCAAUAGUGGAUAAGCUGAGGAGGGCGUCAGAACAGUGCGACUGCCUACAGUGCUUCUUUCUUAUUCAUUCUAUGGGUGGAGGUACUGGCUCGGGCCUGGGGACAAGAGUUCUCAGCCUACUGGAAGAAGAGUUCCCUGAUGUGUGUCGCAUUGUCACGUCCAUGUAUCCGUCGGUGGAGGAUGAUGUCGUCACAUCUCCGUAUAACAGCGUCCUUGCCAUGAGAGAACUAACAGAGCACGCUGACUGUGUCCUGCCUGUUGAAAACCAGUCUUUAAUGGACAUUGUGAACAACAUAAAUCUUAUGUCUCAUGGAGGAAAUCCAAGCUCAGUGGUCAAGAGAGACAGCACUGUCACUUCUGGACAGGGUGGGCUCAGCAGAGCAGAAAAGCCCUUUGAUGCCAUGAAUAAUAUUGUGGCCAAACUGUUGCUCAAUAUUACCAGCUCUGCACGUUUUGAGGGUUCUCUCAACAUGGAUCUGAAUGAGAUUGCCAUGAAUAUGGUUCCUUUCCCUCGUUUGCACUACCUAGUGCCCAGCCUCACCCCGCUGUACACACUGGCUGACGUCAACAUCCCCACCAGAAGAUUGGAUCAGAUGUUCAGCGACGCCUUCAGUAAAGACCACCAGCUGAUCCGAGCCAAUCCAAAACACAACCUCUAUUUGGCUUGUGCGCUUAUGUUGAGGGGCAAUGUGCAGGUCUCUGAUCUCCGCAGGAACAUCGAAAGGUUGAGGCCAUCACUGCCAUUUGUCUCAUGGAAUCAAGAGGGCUGGAAGACAGGACUGUGUUCUGUGCCUCCUGUAGGACACACUCACUCCCUGUUAGCUCUGGCCAACAACACCUGUGUGAAGUCCACAUUCAUGGAGCUGAGAGACCGCUUUACCAAGCUCUACAAGAAGAAGGCUCACUUACAUCACUACCUGCAUGUAGAUGGGAUGGAGCAGAGUUUCUUCACAGAAGCUGUUUCUUCCCUCAAUGCUCUGAUUGAAGAGUAUCAUCAUCUGGAUACUACCAAAGCCAAUUGGACCCCUGAUGCUCCAAGACUCUGCAUCGCCUGA